UGUGAUUUCAGAUACUUAUUCAAGCCCACAGUCUCACAUGGCUACACUGACUGGAUGUACAAAACCGCAUGAAAUAAAUGAGAAAUUCAUAAAACAGUUCAAAAACUUUAUAAAUUGGCAAAUGAACUUAAUACUUUUUCUUAGAAAGACAAUUCCUGUGUUUUAUAUUAUUCUCUUUUCACAGGUGAUAACACGAAUAAUGCCUUCAUGGCCCCAUUUCAAGGUGUGAAUGAUAAUAGUGGGCAGAAAGUGUUUUAUGAUGAGAAAGAGAAUCUUAUCUAUAGCUACUCUCGCUUUCACUUCAUUUUCUUCCUUGGAUCUCUUUAUGUAAUGAUGGUCAUCACUGACUGGGAUGGUUUGAGUUUCUCAAAUGACGAAUCUACCAAGAAUGAGACUGCUUUUUGGAUCAAGAUGAUUUCUUCCUGGGCUUGCUUCCUGUAUAACAUCAUAAUGCUUUUCUGUCACUCUGGAAAAUAAAGCAUCACAGGUUUCUUUAUGAGGACACCAAACAUUACACUCCGUGGUCAGUUCUGAAAACAUUACUUAGGAAUGGUGUGAAAAGUGGGACAAAAGUCAAUAUUUUGAUGUGCCCUUCUUUGGGCUGAGAGAAGCUGCCCAUGACUGCUUGGCUUAAGUCACUUUGGGCCGUUACUCUCACAUCAUUUGGAAGAGUAGAUUUCCAAAAAAAGUCAAACCACAAUCAGCAUCCAGGUAUUUCCACAAAUCUCUAAUUCACAUAA